UUUUUUUUUUUAAAUAUGUUUCACUUUUCGGGCUUAGCAUUCUCAUCCCUGAUCUCAGCGGUAGCAGUAAGAUUUGGGUACAAGUUUGUUGGCUUUGUACUUGUUUUAUUAUCAAAUUUGGACUUCACAAUUGAACAUGACAAGUUUUAUAUGGGCAAUCAUCGAACUGAAAAUCAAAAUAGUUUGGAAUCAUGUUUAGGUCGAUUCGACGUACAUAGUAAUACAAUAAUUCGAACUGGUGAAUCCCAAGCUAUAGGCGGCAAGUUUUUACAGGGCAUAGAAUUGGAUACUCCCGCAAAAUGUCAAAGACUAUGUUGUGAAACUUCAGAUUGCGAUGUUUAUGUUUUUGAAGAGAAAAAUUAUGGAUAUUGUUAUUUAUUCCAAUGUGGUUCUCCUAAAAACUUUCACUGCAAAUUUACAAAGCACUCUAACUACACAAGUGCAUUGUUGACAAAGUUUAAUUCUGUCCUAAAAACAACGCCCAGACCAAAUAAAAACGUUAUAUUAACAAAUAUAUCAACACAAGAAAAAGAAUUAAUAAGUCUCAAGGCUAUGUCGGAAAAAUAUUUAACUUCUUUAAUAAAUAAUCCACCAAAUGCAAUCUCAAACGAUAAUAGGCGAGUGGAAGGAGUGCACAUACAAAGUCGAAACUUCACUUGUGGUCGGUUUGAGUUCCCCUGUCAUUCUGGAGAAUGUAUAGCGGUGUACAAUGCUUGUAAUGGAAUUCCUCAGUGCGUAGAUGGCAGUGAUGAAGGACCAGAGUGUUUAGAACCCGCAGAUAUCAAUUCCAACAAUUAUAAUCGUCAACAUUUUAAACCAGAAAUAGUUCAAAAUACCUCAACUUACACACAGAAUUCCAAUAUGCUUGAGAAUAGCCAUAGAGCGAAAACUUCUAUUUUGGAAAACAGACACAAUAAUUUGGACGAAAAAAAGAAGGAACAUAUUGACGAAUCAAAGAUUUUAGGCAACGAAAACGGCGUAGUUCAAAAUGUGUUGAACUUGGAACAAUCUAAUGAAAAACUGUUUGAGAAUCAAAGAGAAAUAAAUGCAGAACUACCUAAAUUAAACACCGAAUUUCCAACACUUCAAAUUGCAGAAGAGAAAGCACUCAAUUUGAAUGAAAAUUUUAAAUGGCCAACGCAACAGCGUCAACCAUACCAUAGUGUGACAGAUGCACCGCAGUAUUCUAAUACAUUUUAUCAACCAAUAUCUAAAUUUGAGGAAAACCAUAAACAUGUGUCUACAAUAAAUGAAGAAAUUAAAGAUUCGAAGUCCCGGCUAUCAAAUCAAGAUCCACAAACUAAGACCAGACUACAAACCAACAAAGAUUUUGAGGAGACAAAUGGCAUACAAAUGGUUCACUCGGAGAAAAAUGUCAAGAACUCUAAGAAAGAUUUGCCAUUGAAUGAUGGUGGGACACCAAGACCCUCGAUUUCUGUUAAAAAAGCGCCCCAUCCAGCUUUUCUUGAACAAUACAAUGUAAUGGAGCAUCAUUUAGAACUAAAAUUCACAGAUCAUGAUGGCCACUCAGACAAGCCGAGAGGAGCUGUUUUUUCGUUGACGCUUGGUUUGACAAUUACCGGAGUUAUAGUUACUUUAAUCGCGUGUCGUUUACGAACAGUUGGACGUUGGGGAAACCGGCAUGGUGGAAAAACUCCUUAUUUGCCUGAUGAAGAUUUCUUAGUAAAUGGGAUGUACUUAUAAUUUUGAAUAGAUUUGAUUUCUUAAUAUUCA